AGACCACCAUGCUUGCGUUCUCCAGAAGAACCGCCUCUCGUUGCUUUACCUCUUGUGCUGCUUCUGCUUCUCCGGCCCCACACACAGCGCACGCCAAACAGCACCUGCCUGGGCUCCAGUUGACGGCUGACCUACUCAACCAACAAUACAAGCAGCAGUUGCAGUUUCUUCUUGACAGCAAGAAGAGCGAGUCUGCCACCAAUGUCUUCUUCAACAAGACCAAGAUCACCCUUGAGUGGAGUGUGGUUGACUACCGCAAGAUUCCCGGCGAGGCCCAUGCUGAUGAGCCCGAUGGCUCUCGUCCAGACCCAGGUUUAGAGUUGCAGAGCACCAACAGCUUGUCGGUGAAGCAGCGAGUGAAUCUCUUGCCAGAGGUGCUCUUCAUGGGCAAGUACAACUCGGGCAAGUCCACGUUGCUCAACGCCCUAAUAACACCCUCACAGAACAAAAAACUCGACGAGAUCUGCUAUGUGUCCAAAACAGCUGGCUUCACCAAAACUCUCCGAUGCUUCAAUUUGAACAAGAAAUUCAAGAUCAUUGACAGUCCUGGCUACGGAACAAAGGCUCUUCCCUCCCAGGGCCAAUUGAUUCUCAAGUACAUUCAAAACAGGUCCCAGCUACGAAAAGUGCUACUCUUGGUCAGCACCCCGAUAGGCAUCAAGAACGACGACUUGUCGAUCAUCGACAUCCUCUACGAGAACAACAUCUACUUCGACAUUAUAUUUACCAAGAUCGACAAAGUCUCCCAUAUGAGUCAGAUCCAGGCCACUGUCGACACCCUCAACAGCUUUUUGGCUGACAACGAGUACCACAUCAAGCCCCAUCUUUAUUUCUGCUGUGCUCUGUCGCGCAAAAAAGACGUUCCUCGCCAGGGCAUCGCCGACCUUCGCUACAACCUCUUGCAGUCGUGCGAGGUUCCUCUCUUCGCCCCCAAGAAGCGCUCGUAGCCCACGUGUACAUACCCUGUGCUUCCUGCACAUAUGCAUUAGUCAUCUGCUAUACCAUUCCAGGUUACACACUUAUAUUUCCUGUGUUAUUUCUAUUUACAAUAGUGUCAAGCAUGGUCUGUUCCAGUUAU